AUGAAUUUACUGCCUCCGACCCUCGCUCAGUCCACCUUGGGCGAAAAGUGCGCAGUCUAUAUAGGUCACAUCACCGACGUCCUCCCUGUUCGAUUGCAUUCUGCCCGCCUCCGACUGGAUCCUCUUAUUGCCCACCUGUCCACCACACCCCUCGGUGCCCUCGCGCAAAAGCUGCCGUUCGCCGCUGAAAACCAACUUCCAGCCCUUCUUGCAGCCGUUCUCGUCUGCCUAAUCACUGCCGCCACGAUGAGCUGGCGCAACCCCUUUAGCAUGCUACGCCGCUCGCCGAGUUACGCACCCGCAUCCGAUCCCCAGGUCAACGAUGAGCACUUCAGCUAUAUCACACCCGGAGACAUCUUGGAUCCCCCAGUGGAUGACACCGAGCCAGAUAUAAUUGCCCUCCGCCAUCGUGGCACCAUCUAUCCAUUGCAGUUCCGCGCAUACGCAAUUGACGACGGUGUCCUGACCAUUGGAGAUAUACGAGAAGCGGCCGCGAAGAGCACGGGAGCUCCAGCACCUGGCUGUGUGAGACUGCUUUACAAGGGCAAGUUGUUGAAAAAUGACGCCCGUACAUGCAAAGCCGAGGGCCUUAAGCAGCAUUCAGAGGUGCUGUGCGUCGUCUCCGAAGUAGGCGCAGGCACCCCGAGCGAUGUCUCCGAUGACAGCGGACGGAGCAUUCCCACCACCACAUCAGUACCAGCACCCGCACCGACCCAGCCGUUCCGCCCUAGCAGUGCAGAAGCCUCGUCCCCACCGACACCUCCCAGCGGAAAGAGCAAGAGCUCGAGAAAGAAGAAGAACAACCGCAAGAAGGCGCCAGUGGCCACAGAGCCACCCGCUACGUCUCGCCCGCCACGACCUACCUCGUCCGGCCACUCAGGCCAACCCGCGUUACCACCCAACAUCAAGUUACUCCAUUCCCCCCUGGAACAGAUCACUGCUUUGGCCGGGUGGCUCCAUCAGGAGAUGAUCCCGCUUUGCGAGGAAUACGUUGCGGACCCGCCCUCCGACCCCAAGAAGCGACAAUACGAGUACGGUAAACUGAGCGAGACGAUCCUCGCACAGGUCGUGUUGAAGGCGGACGGAAUCGAGCCGGAUGGCAAUGAGUCGACCCGCAAUGCGCGCCGAGCCCUUAUCAAGGAUGCACAGGCGGCGCUCAGCAGGCUGGAUACGGUUGCAAAGCUAUAG